CGAAUGAUAACGAGCAUUUAUUUGCCUCUUUAUCGCCUGCUCAAGCUCGUUGCCAGGUAUCUCUUUCAUCAUGCCUCCACUUAUCCGGCGCAGACCACUUUCUGAACGGAUAAAGGCGUACCUGAAUCCCCUCGAUUUCCUGCUGUGGUUAUCGGAAGAGCUUGAUUCGAGUGCCUGGGAACAGUGGGAAAAGGAAUGGUCAAUUCCAUUAGGGAUUGGGUUAAAUGUAGUGUUCCUCAUAGCUCGCGCAAACAGCCGUACCAGCAAUGGUAGAAUUGAGGAUGACGUCUUUGGAGAUGUGGUCGAGGCGAGUUUUUUCAGCUGGUUUGCUUCGUUCGUUGUUCAUUUAUUAGCAUUUGCCGCUCUCUUCAACGCGUUCUACACUUUCUGGCGCAAGCGCCAUUAUCGACUAUUCGAAGCAUCAAUCGACAAUGCACCAGCCACCCCUUCCGCACACCGAGUCCCGGUGAACUCAUCACCCAUGGUUUCGUCGCCAAUGCGAUUUCUCUCUAGUGUGCUGUCCAUUGGGUCAGCGGAAGCAAGGGCACAUCCAAACGCGCAACGGGACGUGUGGGAGCUAGGCGUGUGGGAUCCUCAUCCGCUCUCACUACGGCUAUUAUGCCUCUUCAGCCCAGGACAUGUCUUUAUAUAUUGGCUUUUCCUGCCCACCUCCGCAGCGGACCCGCAGCCAAGCGUUACUAUUGUAAUGACACUAUUUCUGGCGACACUCCUAACAGUCCAAAUGUCAAUGCUAUCAUCUGCCUUCUCGCAACAAUUGAAAGACUCGACGCUGGUCCAUAAAGAAGUUCUAAAUGAAUAUGACACCAAAUAUGUCCACCCCCGAACACAGCCUGUGAUGCGGAGCGUGGCUACUCAGCAUUCCGAGGAAAUGUCUUACAACGCCAAUUUCGAUGAGGCGUAUAAUACUGUGAACACCUAUACUCCAGCAAUGCGAAGGGGUUUCAAAAUUAGCCCUAACCCAAAUUACAUCAGCCACAUAGACCCAGAAGGGGCGCUGAAGCAAUACUGCCAGCCUCCUCGACCUUCCACUUCAACACCCCGCGUAUCAUCGUCUGGCAUCGACUUUUCUACACCUCCUUACGGCACAGAUCCCUCAUCCCCCCUUCGUGCACGAAGUGCUAACAUUCGCCAACCUCAUUUUCGAUCUGUGUCUUCCACGGCUGACGGUGGAAGCUUAGGGGUAUUUUCUCAUGCGAGAUCUCCGUUGAGAAAGGCAACAUCGACCCAUUUCGACCAGAGACCAGCAUCUCGUGGCGAUGAACCUGAUCCUAGAGAUCGGCUUCACAGUGCAGCAAAGCGCCCAUCGAGUCCGCUAAAAAGAUCAAGUGUCCCCGGCGGAGUAGGAAUUUCUGCUUCUCAGAAAUUUGCUCAUAUCACAAACGCAGGACGUGGGAUUAGACGUGAUAGCGAACGGUUCUAAGAAGAGAAAUAAAUUAUUCUCAAAAAUAUCCCCGGCUCGGUUUGCACAUAUGUUAAUGCUUUUUAAUACAUAAUUUUUUUCGUGGAGUAUACGGUUGCUGCUAUUCAUUAUUUUAGUUACUUUUCUUGCACAUGUUUCAACUGACUAAUUUAAUUGCCUUGAAAGCAUCUCUCUGGCGUCUUCCGGUUCUUGAAUAUUCAUUAUUUACGUUUUUUAUACAUUCUGGUUUCUCGUUUUUUCCUAUACCCCCUUCCAAUCUGGCUCAUAUGCUCAGAAUUGCAGUGUACAUUCUUUGAGCAGUCUCUAAGCCAAAUAUAGAAGCAUCAUUUCUCCUAGAUACUAUUGUGUGGUGCUGACAUCUGUCCCCGAGAAUGAGCCUGCUCACAUAUGUAUCAUUUUCAGCGGAAUCGGAUCUUCAAGAAAGGAGCUAAUCAUAUUUAUGUUU